AGACAAUCCGAGCGCGCUUGCCUGUUUUCGGCUGCCGCGCAACGUUGCCGCGAGGGCAACCUCAGUCGAUCGGCAUCCGCCGUGUGUUUUGUAUCGCUUUCUGUCAUCUCACGUGUGUCGGGUAGCGCGUGUGGCCGUGUGACGUUUCCCCGCUUGUGGCCGUGGUGGAACCGCCGGGACGUAGCAUGCCACCGGGGGGCAGGUAGUGCUGGUGAUGCCGCUGUGUCAGUGAACCAUGCCACACGUCUCCACAAGUGGCGGCGAUGAUCUCGGCAGCACCGAUGAGGUCAAGGUGUUUAAGGACGAGGGAGACGGCGAAGACGAAAAGAGGUCCUCGGAGAACCUCACCGAGGAGAAGAGCAGUCUUAUCGACCUCACCGAGUCGGAGGAAAAAUCCGGAAGUGGACAUUAUAAUUCCUCUAGCAAAAAUGUGCAACGACCUGACCACAGUCCCGUAUUUGGCAAGGUUGAGCCCCACACAUCUUCAUUCAACAUGGGAUACCUCGUGUCACCCUACAGCUACGCCAAUGGAGCAGGAGGACCUAUCCCAGUCUCAAUGGUAAGAUAACUUUCCAUA